CACGUGUAGGGGGGGAGGGGGGCUAACCACGUGCUCUGCGGGCGUCAAGGCUGACCAUUCAGAAGCCAGCUCUCGCCUCAGCAGCGCGCCAGCGAGCAGCGGGAAGAUGUCGGAGUUCGUGACGGUAGACAUCUCCCAGGGCAGACUGCGGGGAAAGAGAGUCACAUCUGAUGCCACUGGGAGCACAUUCUACAGCUUCCAGGGCAUUCCUUACGCCAAGCCACCAGUGGGACCGCUCAGGUUCAAGCCUCCCGAAGAAGCGGAUUCAUGGACCGGAACCAGAGAUGCCCUUCAGGAGGGAGCGUGUGCCCCGCAGAUCAACUUUUUCACCAAGACUUUGGACGGAACAGAGGACUGCCUGUUCUUGAAUGUGUACACCCCGCAAUGGCCCGCGAGGACUCCCAAGGUCGUCAUGGUCUGGAUCCACGGCGGCGCCUUCGUCCUGGGCUCGGGCGACAGCGACAUGUACGGCCCGGACUACCUGGUGGCCGAGGAUGUCGUGCUGGUCACCAUCAACUACCGCCUCGGGGCUCUGGGUUUCCUGUACCUGGAGGGCUGUGACGUCACCGGGAACAACGGGCUGAGGGACCAGGUGAUGGCCUUGAAGUGGGUGAGGGACAACAUCGCCCAGUUCGGGGGAGACCCUGGCAAUGUGACCAUCUUCGGGGAGAGUGCAGGAGGUGCUAGUGUGCACCUACUGAUGCUGUCUCCUCUGGCCAGAGGCCUAUUCCACCGGGCGAUCGCCCAGAGCGGCACAGCGCUACUCAGCGGCUGUCACACUACCUGUGACGUCAGCAGCCGCAGAGCUGUUCGCCUAGCCAAGCUGCUGGGGUGUUCCUCCGAGGACCCGCAGGCAGUAGCAGACUACCUUAGGACCGUGCCGGCAGAGAAGAUAGUAGCUCAGCAGUCCGAGUGUCUGCUGGAAGAGGUGGGUACUCAGCCUGCCAAGCUGCUGGGGUGUUCCUCCGAGGACCCGCAGGCAGUAGCAGACUACCUUAGGACCGUGCCGGCAGAGAAGAUAGUAGCUCAGCAGUCCGAGUGUCUGCUGGAAGAGGUGGGUACUCAGCCUGCCAAGCUGCUGGGGUGUUCCUCCGAGGACCCGCAGGCAGUAGCAGACUACCUUAGGACCGUGCCGGCAGAGAAGAUAGUAGCUCAGCAGUCCGAGUGUCUGCUGGAAGAGGUGGGUACUCAGCCUGCCAAGCUGCUGGGGUGUUCCUCCGAGGACCCGCAGGCAGUAGCAGACUACCUUAGGACCGUGCCGGCAGAGAAGAUAGUAGCUCAGCAGUCCGAGUGUCUGCUGGAAGAGGUGGGUACUCAGCCUGCCAAGCUGCUGGGGUGUUCCUCCGAGGACCCGCAGGCAGUAGCAGACUACCUUAGGACCGUGCCGGCAGAGAAGAUAGUAGCUCAGCAGUCCGAGUGUCUGCUGGAAGAGGUGGGUACUCAGCCUGCCAAGCUGCUGGGGUGUUCCUCCGAGGACCCGCAGGCAGUAGCAGACUACCUGAGGACCGUGCCGGCAGAGAAGAUAGUAGCUCAGCAGUCCGAGUGUCUGCUGGAAGAGGAGAAGGCUCGGGUCAUACCCCUGGCCUGUGUUCCCAGCGAUGAGAUUGGUCCAGAGGCAUUCCUCCCGGCUCCAGUAAGGACUCUCCUGGACGAAGGACAGUUCGCAAAGGUUCCAUUCAUCACAGGAGUCACAUCCGCGGAGGGGAAGGUCAUGCUGAUAGACUUGUUUCGUCGGGUAACACUCUCCGAGCUAGAUCAAAAUUUUGAGAAGGUGCUUCCGCCUGAAUGGUUCCAAAACAUUGGUUCAGAAAAAUGCAGGCAGAUCGCAGAACUCAUGAAGAAGUAUUACUUUGGUGAGAGCCAUGUGGCGGACGAGACCAUAUCCCAUUACGUAGACAUGGUUUCGGACCUGAUGUUCGUGUUCCCCAUGCACCAGACUGUCCGGGCUCAUGUCGCGUGGUCUCCUCAGCCCACGUACGUGUACCUGUUCGAUCACGUGAACGAGUCCCGGUUCAACUUCUUGACCAACAGCGUCGACGAACUGCCUGGGGCGCCCCACGGGUCAGAGCUGUCGUACUUCUUCCAGAGCUCUCACAUGCCUCUCAGCUUCUCGCCCGGCUCGCCCGAUGCUCUGGUCAAAGAUACGUCUGUCAAGCUGUGGACGCAGUUUGCUAAAUCUGGGAAUCCUUCAAACGGAACAGCAAACGUCCAUUGGAUACCUACAACAGAAGGAAGUCCCAGCUAUUUGAAAAUAAAAGAGGAUUUCGUAAUGGAAACGGAUUUGUACAAAAAACGAAUGGAUUUCUUAGAUGAUUUGUAUAAAAAGGUUUUAUCCCAAGCAGGAAAGUGACUGUCAUGUUAGCAGUAACUUUAUAAAUUUAACAAUAAAGUUGUUUCAUAACAAACUAAUGACACCAAAAAUACCAUACGUAAGAUCAUAUAGGCAAGAUUAAUUAAGUAAGUAUGUAGAAAUUUGUAAAUUGAAAAAUAAUUUUAAAGUUUAAUACAUUUUAGUAGUUUAGAAGUUACAAAAUCCUAAUAAGUGUUCCGAGACUGAGUUAUUAGUAAACUGUUAGGCUACUCAUUGUAAGCUAUAAGUUGACGGACAUAGCUAAAACAGUACUAGGGUAAGGAAACUUGAUACCUAAAUAAUAAGUUUUCAAAUCUUGACACUUAUAUAUUGAUUUAUUGCGUCAGUUUUUACUAUCAUAAAGGCGUUUAGUGACAUAUUCAAAUAAAUACAUCAUUGAAAUUAUAAUGUUUCACUGUCUUGUUCCGAAGAUAUUUCAUUGUAUAUAGCUUAAAGGAGCGCUGUGGGUUUUGAAAAAAGGUAUCCAGUACUUUAUCUAGAUCGUCAGGGAUAUCAAGAUACAAGUUUUAUGCCUUUUGUUAGCGCCGUUUGUGCCAGACCUAGAUAUCACUGAGAGCGGUUGCUGUGCGAAAAAAAAAUACACCCUAGACAUUGAGAUGUUUAUUUUCAAUUUUUUGUCGUUUGCUUUACAAAUUUAGUAAAUAUCAUUUAAGAAGACAGUUCUCGCGCAGUAUGAUAUCCCAUCUAAUACGGUCAAAUAUGUCUAUUCCGCAAUUUUCUCCGUAACAUGUGCGUUAUUAUUUCCUAUGUACCGUAAGAAGCCGGCUUCAAUAGCAAGCCAACCCCUACAUUUCAAUAUCCCUCAAUUAAAAACAAAAACAAAAAACAAA